AAUGGUCCAUAUCACAGGCACUCAAUUUAUCUAUGAUUCUAUGUAGCUUCGCGCCUUCACCCUCUUUUACUUCUCCAUAAUAUCCACUAUACUCUCUCUUUCUCUCUCUUCUCAUUCGUUUUCCGUUUUUCCCUUAUCCGAUCUCUUCUCCUUUUCAAAACCGUCACUUCUUUCAAACCAUAAUAAACCCAAGAAAGUCAAGAACCCUUACUCAACGACGUCGUUUCCACCUUCCUCCCCUAACCUAACUCCGUGAUCUCCAUCUCCAUCUCGUGACCCUCUUUCCAUUUCCCUUUUCAUGCAUCAAACGAAUUAAUCCAAUUUCCGACCUCUCAUCUUCCGUGGCAGUUCCAUCUACAUUCCACAUUACAAAAAUCGUAACCGAUCGUUAAUAACAACAACAAUUUGUUAUUAUUAUUCACCGAGAAAAUGAACGAUGUUGGAAAGAACAAUAAGAAAGUGAAGGUGACCGUGGAAGAAGACGACGAGAAACGGAGGGGGAACAAGAUGACGACGACGGAUUCUUCUUCGUCGACGUCAUCAACGGAGUCGUCUUCUUCCGACGAGAGGGAAUACGAAGUACAGGACCUCCGUGACCGGCUGAAAUCGUCGCGAGGAAGCAGGUUUGACCUCAUAGAGAACGAGUUCGGACUCAACUCGGCUCGGAGGAAGUUCAGUCGUCAAGCUCUACUCGAUGGAAUCCGAGGCAUCUCCAAGGGCGCUGUCAUCCACCCAGAAAACAGGUGGUAUCGAUUAUGGACAAAAUUCAUAUUGGUAUGGGCAGUGUACUCAUCCUUUUUCACUCCAAUGGAGUUUGGAUUCUUUCGUGGCUUGCCUGAGAAUCUGUUUAUAUUGGAUAUCAUAGGGCAGCUAGCUUUUCUUGUGGACAUAGUUUUGCAGUUCUUUCUUGCUUAUAGAGAUAGUCAGACCUAUCGCAUGGUCUACAAGCGUACCCCUAUUGCUUUGCGGUACCUAAAAACUGACUUCAUCUUUGAUUUUCUUGGAUGUAUGCCUUGGGAUAUCAUAUUCAAGGUUUGUGGAAACAGAGAAGAAGUUAGGUACCUCUUGUGGAUCAGAUUAUAUCGGGUGCGGAAAGUCACCGAAUUUUUCCAUAAUUUGGAGAAGGAUAUACGUGUUAAUUACAUCAUUACUCGGAUUGUGAAACUUUUAGUAGUUGAACUCUACUGCACCCACACUGCAGCCUGCAUUUUCUACUAUUUGGCUACUACACUUCCUGAAUCCCAAGAAGAGUACACAUGGAUUGGAAGUUUACAGCUUGGUGGUUAUAGUUAUCAACAUUUCAGAGAAAUUGAUCUUUGGAAGCGCUACACAACAUCCUUGUAUUUUGCUAUCGUUACUAUGGCUACUGUUGGCUAUGGAGAUAUACAUGCAGUAAACUUGAGGGAGAUGAUAUUCAUAAUGAUAUAUGUCUCAUUUGACAUGGUUCUUGGUGCUUAUUUGAUCGGUAACAUGACAGCUUUGAUAGUCAAGGGAUCAAAAACUGAGAAAUUUAGGGACAAGAUGACAGAUCUUAUGAAAUAUAUGAAUAGAAAUAGACUUGGACGGGAUAUCCGUGAGCAAAUAAAAGGCCAUCUGCGCUUACAGUUUGAGAGUAGCUAUACCGAGGCUGCUGUCCUUCAGGAAAUUCCCAUUUCUAUUCGCUCUAAGAUAUCUCAAACAUUAUACUUGCCAUGCAUUCAAAUGGUUCCUCUUUUUAAGGGCUGUUCUUCAGAAUUCAUCAAUCAGAUAGUUACCAGGCUCCACGAGGAAUUUUUUCUUCCAGGAGAGGUUAUCAUGGAACAAGGAAAUGUCGUGGAUCAACUAUAUUUUGUCUGUCAUGGUGUGCUGGAGUUAGUAGGCACUGCUGAGGAUGGGACUGAAGAAACUGUUUCACUUCUGGAACCUAACAGUUCAUUUGGAGAGAUAUCCAUUCUUUGCAACAUUCCUCAACCAUAUACUGUUCGUGUCUGCGAACUCUGUAGGCUCCUGCGGCUUGAUAAACAAUCGUUUACAAAUAUCCUUGAUAUAUACUUUUAUGAUGGAAGGAAGAUAUUAAACAACCUUCUUGAGGGAAAAGAGACUUCUCGUGGUAAGCAAUUAGAGUCAGACAUCACAUUUCAUAUUGGAAAGCAAGAAGCUGAACUUGCUUUGAAGGUCAACAGUGCAGCUUUCAAUGGGGAUCUGUAUCAGCUAAAAGGUUUAGUUAGAGCUGGAGCUGAUCCCAACAAGACAGAUUACGAUGGAAGAUCACCUUUGCAUCUUGCUGCAUCCAGAGGCUACGAAGACAUCACACUUUUCCUUAUUCAAGAAGGCGUAGACGUCAAUGUUAGCGAUAAUUUCGGGAACACACCCUUACUUGAAGCAGUUAAGAGUGGACAUGAUCGUGUUGCAUCUUUACUUGUUAGAGAAGGAGCCGCCAUGAAGAUAGAAGAUGGCGGUAGUUUUCUAUGCACAGCAGUUGCAAGGGGAGAUUCAGAUUAUCUUAAAAGGCUACUGUCUAAUGGCAUGGAUCCCAACUUGAAAGAUUAUGAUUACCGAAGCCCUUUGCACGUUGCUGCAGCUGAAGGUUUAUACUUCAUGGCAAAGUUGCUAUUAGAAGCUGGAGCCAGUGUUUUUACCAAGGACAGAUGGGGAAAAACCCCACUUGAUGAAGCUCGAAUGAGUGGAAAUAAGAACCUAAUCAAACUACUAGAAGAUGCAAAAUCUGCUCAGUUGUCAGACUUGCUAUGUCCCACACAAGAACUUACAGAUAAAAUGCAUCCACAAAAAUGUACUGUGUUCCCUUUCCACCCAUGGGAUCCAAAAGAUCAUACAAAACAUGGCAUUGUAUUAUGGAUUCCACAUACCAUUGAAGAGCUAAUCAAAAUGGCAGCGGAUCAAUUUGAGUUUCCUAGUGAUUCUUGUGUUUUUAUUUUAUCAGAAGAUGCUGGUAAAAUUACUGAUGUAGACAUGAUUAAAGAUGGUCAGAAGCUCUAUUUAGUUCAUCAAACACAUUAGACUUUGAUCCAAUUCAUACCACGACCACAAUUCUUAUAUUAAAGUAACAGCGUGCCCUUUUUUGUAACGUGUUGUAGUUGUUCUCUACCAAUAAGCACGUUCUAUGAUCUUAUAUUGGUUUAUAACAACUAGCAGCACGCUUUCUAUUAUUUUCAAAAUGUUUGCUCAAGUAACUAAAAAAAGGGGAAAAAA